CACCCGGGAGUCAAGUUUACGGAAUAGCGCUGCCAGGCCGGACGCGCCGUGGCCUGGCGGCCCGGAGGACUACAUCCGCCUGACCCAGCUGAGCUUGACUCUGUCUAGGCGCGCCAUGUUCGCGCGUGGGUCCCGGAGGCGCCGCUCCGGGCGUGCGCCUCCCGAAGCAGAGGACCCUGCUCAUGGUCAGCCCUGCAAUUCCUGCAGGGAACAGUGCCCAGGCUUCCUGCUGCACGGCUGGAGAAAGAUCUGCCAGCACUGCAAAUGCCCGCGGGAGGAGCAUGCCGUGCACACCGUGCCUGUGGACCUCGAACGCAUCAUGUGCCGGCUCAUCUCAGACUUCCAGCGCCACUCCAUUUCUGAUGACGACUCAGGCUGUGCCUCAGAGGAGUAUGCCUGGGUACCCCCUGGCCUUAAGCCAGAGCAGGUUUACCAGUUUUUCAGCUGCCUCCCAGAGGACAAGGUCCCCUAUGUCAACAGUCCUGGGGAGAAAUACAGGAUAAAGCAGCUGCUGCACCAGCUGCCCCCGCAUGACAGUGAGGCACAAUACUGCACGGCCCUGGAAGAGGAGGAGAAGAAAGAGUUGAGAGCCUUCAGCCAGCAGCGGAAGCGGGAGAAUCUGGGACGGGGUACCGUUCGAAUCUUCCCAGUGACCAUUACUGGGGCCAUCUGCGAGGAGUGUGGGAAGCAGAUCGGAGGUGGGGACAUUGCAGUAUUUGCCAGUCGAGCAGGCCUUGGUGCCUGUUGGCACCCUCAGUGCUUUGUGUGCACCACAUGCCAGGAGCUGCUGGUUGACCUCAUCUACUUCUACCACGCCGGCAAGGUCUACUGUGGGCGCCACCAUGCCGAAUGCUUGCGCCCUCGCUGCCAAGCAUGUGACGAGAUCAUCUUCUCCCCGGAAUGCACGGAGGCCGAGGGCCGGCACUGGCACAUGGGUCACUUCUGCUGUUUCGAGUGUGAGGCUUCUCUAGGAGGGCAGCGCUAUGUGAUGCGUCAGAGCCGCCCCCACUGCUGCGCCUGCUACGAGGCUCGCCAUGCCGAGUACUGUGAUGCCUGUGGGGAACACAUCGGCCUGGACCAAGGCCAGAUGGCUUAUGAGGGCCAACACUGGCACGCUUCAGAUCGCUGCUUCUGCUGUAGCCGUUGUGGUCGAGCCCUGCUGGGCCGCCCCUUUCUCCCACGCCGCGGCCUUAUCUUCUGUUCCCGAGCCUGCAGCCUUGGGGCCGAGACCCCCGCCCCAGGACCUGGCCGCCGCAGCUGGAGCGCCGGCACAGUCACCGCACCGCUCACAGCUUCCUCGGCCUCUUUCCCGGCGGCGGCGGCGGCGGAGGGGACAUCUGAGACAGCCAGCAAAGGCACCUGUACCAAAGCAGAGCCUGCUGCAGGCCCAGACGAGCCUCCCCGCUUUCUGAGAGGGGCCCCUCACCGCCACUCUAUGCCUGAGCUGGGGCUCCGCAGUGCUCCUGAGCCACCCCCAGAAACUCCUGGCCAUCCUGCCCUGCACUCAGAUGAUAAUGCCUUUGGUCGCCAGAGUACCCCGCGUGUCAGCUUUCGCGACCCUUUGGUGUCUGAGGGAGGUCCACGACGGACCCUGAGUGCACCCCCAGCCCAGCGCCGCAGGCCACGAAGUCCCCCACCCCGGGCCCCCAGCUGCCGCCACCGCCGGCGCCGACGCCGGCGCCGCGGGAGCCACCAUCACCACCACCAUCCUGGCAGACAUGGCCACCACCGAUGUAACGUGGGAUCGGGAUCGGAUUCAGGAUCUUGUUCCAGCUCGCCCUCUAGCCCCAGUUCAGAGUCCUCUGAGGAUGAUGGCUUCUUCCUAGGGGAACGGAUCCCGCUGCCCCCUCACCUGUCCAGGGCCAGGGCCACUCAGGACACCGCAACUGAAACCUUUAACUCCCCAGCCCCGCCACUUGUCCAGGUGUCUCACCCAGUGAUGCCUCGCCAGACCCGAGACAAGAACUGCAUCGUGGCUUGAAGGCAGGCAACGUUAGAAGGGAUUCUACUGUCCAGUCAGUGUAAUCGAUGAUUCCCCUACACUAAGUCAUGGCCCCCUUUCCACCCUCUGUUUGUAUUAGUGGAACAAUGCAAUAGUUCUUUAAAAAAAAAAAAAAACAGGCCUGGCUUCCUUGCUCCGGUG